CUGCCACCCCUAGCCCGUCGCUCCGUGGUCUCCUUCACUGUGAGGCCCAACGCACGCCCGAGGAGCAGCAGCUCCCCUUCCGUCCGAGCAACACUGCAGCCCUCUGCACUCCACGGCAUCAGGUGGUCCCAGACGGGUCAGCGGAGUGAUUUCAGGUCCGAAGCCCACUGCUCCUGACCUACAUGUAGACGGAGAGGAGCCGGCACCUUUCAACAGUUGGGAGCCAGGCUGAGCCAGUGGCGGGAGUAUGAGAGACGGACAGCGAUGGAUGUGUAGGUUCUGCUGGCUGUCUGCGAUUGUCGGCUUUCAACUCCUGACCAUCCUGCAGUGCUCCUUGGUGCACAGAAAGGUGCCACAGCGGAGAGCAAGGCAGGUGCCAGGACCGCAGGAGCCGGGAGAUGUUGUUCCGGGGGUGUGGAGCUCUUGGGGUCCGUGGUCGCCCUGCUCCAGCAGCUGUGGGGUGGGAGUGGUGCAGCAGAGUCGGCGGUGCCUGCCCCCAGAGCAGGUGGUCCACCCCUGGGCCCUGCCCCAGGAGCCGGCAGUCCCGGGAUGGACCCUGCAGCCCCGGGGGUCCUCCCCGCAGCCCCAGGGGUCCUCCCCACAGCCCCUGGGCCGCCGGCAGUGGCCGCCCUACCCUGGCCGCUCGGUCUCUGCCCUGAAGCCUACCUACUCACUCCACGUCGAUAGUGAGCCCUCCACCUUCGCUCGCGGGGAGUCCAUGCCGCUCAGUGCACAGCAGGAUCCCAGCGGGGGUCGGGCAGGGGUGGCAUCCAAUCACCUGUCGCUCCCGCUCUACGGCGACGACUUGGCGCGUGGUUGGCCGGAGAGCCGAGCGUCCAGGGGCCCAGCCAAUGAGGAGCAGAGGUACAGGCACCUGUCCAAUCGGGGCUCAGUGCCCCUCUACCGGCAGGGUCAACCGACCAAUCACCAUGGGCACCCGGCCAACCAGAACCCGGCUUCACCUUAUGGGGUUCCGGCCCUGACCAAUCGGGAGUUCAGUCCACUCUACGCCCCUGAAGGCUCGACCAAUCAGGGGUCAGGGUCAGGCUCGCAGUCCCGGCAGAGAAGCACCCCCUACUGGAGAGGGACGACAGCGAACCGGAGGUCGUUGUGGGUGAGGCAGGAGCUUCGAUCUGCGAACAGGUCCCGCAGUCGGAGCACCAUCCGCCCAGGCCUGUAUGGAUACGGGAAAGUUCCCGCCGACUUCCAGCUCAGAGGGUCCGGCUCCCCUCUCCAGCACCCACGGCAGGGCCACCACGCCUUUUCCAACCCCCCAGAGGUGCCGCCUCGCGCCUCAUGGGAGGAGAGGAGGCGGGAGCGGAGGGGGGUCAGGGCGGAGGACCGGAGCCAGCGGCAAGGUGAGCCCCAGGCCUGGGGCCAGCGAUCGGCCGACGGACCUCCCAACUGGCCCAACCAGACCUUGUGGUCAAGGCAGCCACUCCAGAAGAAGGGAGGUCUCUUCCUAGGUCCCUCCCUCUCUGAGGCACCGGUCCCAGAAGAUGACCCCAGAGUUGGCCACCGUCCGUUGGACCCAGAUGGAUGGGCACAGCUCGGAAGAAGCCCUGAGGAGGCUGCCAUGGACCCUGACGCAUCUCGGGCCGGAGACGUCUGGGGACCUCGACCUCGGGUGAGGCGUCAUGCUCACCUGGGUCCUGGCUGGCGGUCCCAGAGCAGAGAGCCGGAGGACACAGGAGUCCGAGCGAGGGGGAGGCGAGGGCAGGAGGAGAGGACGAAGACAUCGCCCCAGACCAGCGCCGGGGAACCACCGAACCCAGCCGAACCUGCGGAUGGCCCCCUGACCCUGCACCAGGACCCCCGGCUCAGCCGGGAGACCACCCGUGCCAACCACCAAGGCCAUGGCGAGGCACCGGCGAACCACAGCCCGGCCAGCCGCAGACCCCGAAGGCAGGACCUCGGAGUGACGACGCAACCCUGGGGAGAGAGCCACGGCCGGGAGUGGGACCCAUACCAGAUGGCCUCAGCCACCUGCCCGGGGCUCAGCACCCAGUACAAGAGCUGCACCUCACUGGCCUGUCCCUCUGGGACAUCCGACCCACGGAGAGAGCAGUGUGCCAGCUUCAACCACCAGCAGUUCAUGGGGCGAUACUACGAGUGGGAGCCGUUCACUGAAGUGCGGAAGGAGCAGCGGUGUGAGCUCAACUGUCGGCCAGCCGGAUAUCGUUUCUACGUCCGACACGCAGACCGGGUGCUGGACGGCACUCCGUGCGAGGCCAACUCCAGUGACGUGUGUGUGGGUGGGCAGUGUCUGACGGCAGGUUGCGACGGCACCCUUGGCUCUGGGGCGAAGUUGGACAAGUGCGGAGUGUGCGGUGGGGAUGAGUCUGCCUGCAAGGUGGUCUUCGGGACGUUCGAGGACUCCCAGGUCAACGUGGGCUACCACAAGAUCAUCGAGAUCCCCACCGGGGCAACGAAGAUCAACGUGACCGAGAUGGGCAGGAGCCGCAACUACCUGGCCCUGAGGAGUCGAUCUGGUCGAUCGAUAAUCAAUGGGAACUGGGCGAUUGAUCGGCCUGGGAAGUACGAUGCAGCCGGGACCAUGUUCGUGUACCAGCGGCCAACGGAGACCAGUGGGGAGUCCUUCUUCGCAGAGGGACCCACAACUGAGGCGCUGGACGUUUAUAUGAUCUUCCAGCAGGACAAUCCCGGGAUUCAUUAUCAGUUCAUUCUCCCCGUAGAAAAUGCUGCUCCCCCAGUGCAGGAGCCCCCGCCUCCCAGUCACAGUUACGCAGGAUCCUGGACACCAGUAGAUCGGAGGGAGGUGUCGGCUUUGGGAAGCGGGCCCACCCUGACCCACCAGGGGAACUCCCGCACACCCAGGGUCCGCGGGGGGCAGCGGGACCGCCGGCUCCAGGUCUACCACUCACCGGCACAGGAGGAUCCCGCCAGGGCCCGGCCCGGAUACCGCUGGAAGUCUCUGAGUUCAACCGAGUGCUCGGUGUCCUGCGGGAAAGGCUUCCAGUUCCCCGUGUACCGCUGUGUGACCCUGGGGACGCAGGAGGUGGUGGAUGACGGACACUGUGACGAGGCGUCCAAGCCGGCCAGGGUGGAGGAGCCCUGCAAUACCCAGCCCUGCCCCGCCUUCUGGAGUGUGGGGAGCUGGUCAGCCUGCAGCAGGACCUGUGGAGAGGGGACGUACCACCGCCAGGUGCUGUGUCGACAGGCCUAUGCCAACCGGACCGUGGCGGUUCACCCGCACCGCUGCCGGCACUUGGAGAAACCCAACGCCACCCAACCCUGCCAGGCCCGGCCCUGCACCCACUGGCAGAUCCAGACCGACUGGGAAUCGUGUUCUGUUCCCUGUGGAGUUGGGCAGAGGAAGAGGAGCAUCCGGUGUGUCAGUAACCAGGGCGACGUGGUGGGAGAGGCCGAGUGCAACGGGAAGCAGAAGCCGACGGACAGCGAGGCCUGUGACAUGGGUCCUUGCGUCCAGGCCUGGUUCUACACCGACUGGGGGAGCCAGUGCUCGGUGGAGUGUGGGGUGGGGGUUCAGAGGCGCACGGUCCUCUGCCUGACCAACAAUGUGAAGGAUGAGUCGCCGGGUCACUGCGAGGGUCCACGGCCCCCCGACGCACGGGCGUGUACCCGGGAGCACUGCCAGCGCCAGGUCCGCUGGUUCACCAGUCCCUGGAACCAGUGUCCAGUCGAGUGUGGGAACGGGACCCAGAACCGGGACCUGAUCUGUGUGACCAAGUCGGGGACGGAGUGGAAGGUGACGGACGCGGCCGACUGCGCCCACCUGGACAAACCUGCCACGGCGCAGCCCUGCUCCGCUGGACCCUGUGGCCCUCGCUGGUUCACCACCGGCUGGGGGCAGUGCUCCAAGUCGUGCAUGGGAGGAGUCCAGAAGCGGGACGUGCGGUGCCUGGACCACGCCGGCUACCCCAGCAGCCGCUGCAGGGACGCAGGGAAACCCGUGGGGGAGAGGGUGUGUCACACCCAUCCUUGUAUGCCCGAACUUGAUGCAAACUGCAAGGACAGUUACUACAACUGCGCAGUGGUGGUGCAGGCACGCCUGUGUGUCUACUCCUACUACAAGAUGGUUUGCUGUGCCUCCUGUACCCACGCUGAGCGCCGAGCAAAGGGGCAGCGGCCAGGAACAUCGGGCCGGAGAGCGGGAGCCUGAGUCCGCGGCCUUCUGGACUUUGAACGGGUCUUUAUUUCAGCCAGAUGUCCAUUUGUCUCUGGGGUCUGGGGCCACGCCUGUGGUCCCCGUCCUUGGGUGAGCGAUGUCACACCAUAGCCACAGCUAACCUCUCACAGACACAAAUUAUAGUUCUCCUCUAAGACCAAGCACCUGGAUCAGGAUGAUGCUAAAAUCUAUUUAUUUAUUUAUUGUAUUAAAUGGUUGAGGUUGGGACUCCUCGCCGGCCUUUCGCAGCCUGUCUCUGGGGAGGACUCUCAUCCCUGCGAAAGGUCUUCACUGGAGUCUCCAAACUUCCUCUGAACUUUAACAUGCCCUCCUGCUCUUCUCAACCCCGGCUUCUGACCCCUCAACUCUGCACUCUUGACCUUUCUCUCUGAAAAGUCCUUUUCUCUGGACUCUUGAGCUUCCUGAGCUCCAGUCUCUGAAUUCACCCUCCUCACCCUCUCCUCUCUCGCACUGAUCUUGUGCAGUCCCUCUCUCCCUCCCUCCUCUUGACCACCGAGCUUUGAGCCCCCUCCUCGCCAUCUCUCACUCCUGACUCCCAAUGUUUCCCGCUCCACUGUCCGCAGUGGUUACUGGAUUUCCUCCACUUUGCAGGAAUGGCCACGUCGACCGCAGGGCUGUUCUGGUGAAGCUGCAAAACGUCUGCAGGAAUGCAAGACUUCUCCUCGAGUUUCCAUCCUGUCGACCUCUGUGAGCAUUUAACAUCUGCCCCUCUUCUUGCCCUUGCCUCCGGCUCGGGUGAAAUCCCACCCGCCCAGGAGUGUGUGUCCCCAGACCCAAGGCAGGGUGGAAGGUGGAGGACACAGACAGGAUGGCCUCUGUACCACCUCCCAGCACAUUUGUCCCACAUUUGUUUUCCUUUCAAAUUCUCUCCUAGUUUCCUGUUGAAUCUACUCCCUCUGUACUCAGUCACUGUAGGUCAAACAAAAUUCUCCUCAGCUCCCCUUGUUAUUUUACUUUGCCAGUUAUCUUAAUCUGUGGCUUCUGCUGGUGGAAACUAUUUCUUGGUAAUUGCACCAUGGAAAUCAUUAAUUCAUUCCUAAACUUUUCCUUAACUGUCCCUCCUGAACAAAUCACGUCAGGUAGGUGAAUCUCAGCUGGGUUCCCAGGUACCAUUGACAGGGCAGCAGGUUGAUUGAAUUGAAAGGACAUCCCGAGGAGGCUAAACCCACCCUUGGAGAGCGAUCAGCUGCAGAAACCUGCCCCGAAUCUCACCACCUCCCCAUCUGCAUCCCCUCUGUACAGAGAGGCUUCAUCUCACUGCCUCCUCUCACGGGGCGGCACUGAACCUGUGGAGUUGAGGUCAAUCCAAUCCCCACUGACAUGGAGAGAUCAGCCUGUGCUGAUUAAGGUAACACUGUCUUGCUGCACAUUCUGCUGACUCUAGUCACCUUUCACCACGAUGUAACUGCCUUGAAAUUGACAGCAAGCGUUGUUCACUAAUGCACAGCAUAAAAUGUGCAUCAAUCCUUACUCAACCCGACUAUAUUUUACACCCAGCAGUUAGGGCUUGGUGCAUCCGUUGUUAAGCAGUUAAGUCUGUAAUGGUGUAGACAAUCUCACAGACCCCUCGAGGAGCCUGACUGCCCAUCCAUCAUUCUGAAAUAGCAGUUUAUUUUCAGGAGGCUGUUCUCACCAGGAAUAAUUCUCAUUCUUGGCAAGUGGAUGUCGCUGGCAAGAUCUGCACUUAUUGCCUCUUUUGGAGGUUGUUUCCUGAGAGGCAGGUGAGUCUCAGAUUGGGUCAGCCAUGUAUUUACCACUGAAACUCUCCGGUCCCUGCGUGUGUCUCAUAGUAAGCUUCACUCUGCACCUGACCCAUGCUCUUUCUGUCCCGGGAGUGUGUGACGGGACAGUGUAGAGGGAGCUUCAAUCUGUGUCUAUUCCUAGGAAUGUGUGAUGGGACGGUGUGGCGGGAGCAUCACUCUGUGUCUGACCCGUGCUGUCCCUGCCCUGGGUGUCUGUGACAAUGUUUCAUGCACUUGUAUUAAUCCAGCUUUUUCCCCACCACUGGACUCAUUACAUGGUGCUCUGUGUUGACUGCUUUAUCUACUGAUGAUAAUGUGACUCCCACCCUACACAGGUUUGGGCGUAUAAUGGAAGAUACCGUUACUGAUGUGGCAGCUGGUUCCCAGGUAGUUAGGGAGAGGGAGGUUGGUCCUUGCCCUGUGCCAGGUAGGGUCAACCAGAGCCCCUCUCCAAAUAGCUGGGCUGAAGUCGGAGGGUGUGGGCUAUCGAGGCUUUGGGAAAGAUUUCUAAAAAGUUGUCAACUCCAGGAAAUAUGAAUGUUCCUCUUUGUGCAAAAUGUUAUAAGCAGUGUAUGUAAUCAGCUCUGGCUGUCUCUCACCUGUGGGUCUCGUUUUCACAAGUGUAUUUCAAACUGGCGAGUGGGACCUUUACUGUAUAAAUGUUCCUCCUGCAAGGCCCCAGGUUGACUGCCAGCCCUGCGCACAUUAUUAGCCCUGUAUUAUCAUUAAUUCCCUCUGGUAUAAUUUAUUUUUUACAAGAAGGAAGAGCUGGCAGCAAUUUAAAGAUAUAUAUUUUACACACAAGUCUUGUUUUAUGGAAAAUAAAUUCAGUUGAAGUUAUCCUGGCCUGUAUUCGGUGACCUUCCUGUAUAAAACACCCGGGGAGGGUGUUGGGGUGAACACCAAAUGCUCUGGGUGGGACACACACAAAAAGCAGCAUACGUUUUUGAAAAUUCUUUAUUGAACAGAGUUUAAACAGCAAAAAAAAUUGUCUUUCUGUCAAGUUUAAAUAAAAGAAUAAAUUAAUAAUAAAUUAAGACUUUA